AACCCUAACACGAUACUACGUGUUUGCGGAAAUGACGGAACUGCUAUCCACGCUCUUUCGUUCGUAAAUCCAACUUUGAAAAAAGUCAGUGAAAGCAAACAGAAAUGGAAGAAGCAGAAGCAGAAGCUGAAGUAGAAUCAAACCGAGACAACGUUGAAGUAGCUCCGGCACUAAUCGCGGUUCACCCGGAACAAAUCUCCGUCGCCGUCGCCGUUGGACCCGACCUCCGUGUCUUCGACCUCCUUGCUGGUUCCGCUGCUUCUCUAGUCGACGAGUGCGGUGCACCCUUCCACAAGGACUCAAUCAGAGCUAUCAGAUUCGGCUCCAGAGGGAAGCUCUUCGUGUCCGCCGGCGACGACAAAACUGUCAAGAUUUGGUCCACGGAAUCGUGGCGCUGCGUCUGCACGGUGUCGUCGGAGAAGAGGGUGAGUGCGGUUGCGAUAAGCGAGGACGGUUGCCACGUGUGUUUCGCGGACAAGUUCGGUGUUGUGUGGGUUGUGGACGUGGCUGGGUCCCAUGGACACGUGACAUUAGGUGAUAGGAAACCGACGCCGCUUCUUUCUCACUAUUGCAGUAUCAUCCCUAGCUUGGAAUUUUCCCCUGAUGGCAGGUUUAUUUUAAGUGCUGAUCGGGAUUCUAAAAUUCGGGUUACUAAUUUUCCCAAGAAGCCGUUGAAUGGAGCUCACGAGAUACGAAGUUUCUGCCUUGGUCAUACAGAGUUUGUAUCCUGCCUUGCGUUUGUUCAUGCUCGGGAAUGCCCUCAAGGCCUUCUUGUCUCUGGCAGUGGUGAUUCAACGGUUCGAUUGUGGGAUAUCUCCUCUGGCGCGCUCCUAGAUACUUGUGAGGUUGCUGCUAAGGCAGGACUUCUAGAGUCUAAUGGUGAAGCAGAGGAGCAUGGCCAUGCUGUUACUGAUUUGUGCACCACCAUCAGCGGUUUGCUUAUUGCUGUGGCCAUUCAAAGCUUGCAAGGAAUAGUAUUGUUGAGCUGCGAUGUUUCUGCACAAACACUUUCUGUUUCCAAGGUGGUUUCUAUUGCGGGAGAGGCCUUUGUUCCUACCUGCUUGGGGUUCAGCCCCGCCGAAGGGAUGUUGUGGAUGGUAACUGGUGUUUCUAGUUUACCUGCUUGUAACUACCCGCCGUUGGCUCGCGUUCGAGUAAUCUCUUCUAUUGAUGCUGAGCAAGAGCCAGUAGUUUUGGGAGAUGAUGAGAUACCUGGCGGAGAGAAGCUGCUAGAAACGUUGCAAGGAAGUGCUUCUGUUGAUGAGAGUGCUUUCUUGGCUGCAGCUGAAGCUGUCAAAACAGCAAUGCGCAACCUAUUGAUUAAAAAGCAAUACCCUGCAGAUAAUAGAGAAUCUAGGAAGAAAACUAGAAAUGAUAGAAAACUGAAAAUGUGACAGUAUUUUUUCCUUUUUCAUUAAUUGUUGUUUCUAUUAAUAUAAAUGUUGAUUUCCUUGAUUUGAUUUUA